CAUUCUAAAAGAGCACAGAAUCAGCUGAAGGUUCGGCGGUGAUUCCCACACUCAUCUCUCUGAUGGUGAUGGUGGUCAGUUUGUAAUCACCAUCGCACAAGAUGAGACAUUUUGAAAGAGUUGUUGCGAUUUGUUGCGUUCUCUGGCUUGGAUGCGUGAGUUCGCAGGAAUUUUCCAUUCCCAAAGUAAAGUUUGAGUAUUUGAAACCACGCGGAUUUCGGGCCAGCAUUCCAGAUGUUCCCGGUAUUAAGUUGUUCGCGUUCCAUUCUCGGAUCAACAAACCGUUCAAGCAGUUUGAGGAAGGAGACUUUGCUGAAGAUGUUUUGGAACCGAACGCCGAUGGUAACUGGGUUUACGAAACCACCAAAGCCAACGUCCCAGAGGGACAAUCCAUCCACUACUGGGUUUACGUUCAGCACGAUGAUCGCCCGUACUAUGUUACAAACUUAAAAGAGCUCAUAAGAAAGAAUCCCGUCACAACCACAACGACGACGACGACGACAACGAAAACUCAAAAGCCGAAGCCAGUGACUACGACAAAAACGCCGAAAGAAGGAAAAACGAAUGGUAAAAGCACUAGUACUACGACUACGACCCUCCCACCGUGUGAACCUACGGUGACCACCGUGAAUGGAGGACGAUCAACCUGCGCCGGGAAGCUGAUCUUCGAGGAUACUUUCCAAUCGCUGGAUUUGAACAGGUGGCAGCGUGAGGUGCGCAUUCCGCUGGAUACGGAGUCGGCGGAAUUUGUGUCCUACCAGGCCACGCCGGACAACAGCUACGUGGCCGGAGGUCACCUGUUCAUCGUGCCAACUCUGCUCAACCUGGAUCCGGACUUUAGCGACGAGCGCAUCCGCACCGGUGAACUAAUCCUGGCCGGCUGCGUUUCUCCCACGAACAACGAGUACGAGUGCCGGCGUAAAGCGGCCCUGGCCACCAUCCUGCCACCGGUGGUUUCGGCCAAGCUCAACACGAAGGGUUCCUUCCGCUUUCAGUACGGCCGGGUCGAGAUCCGGGCCAAGCUGCCCAAAGGAGAUUGGAUUUUUCCACAAAUCCUGCUUCAACCUGCCGAAAACUACUACGGCUACGCCGACCUGGCCUCCGGAAUGCUGCUGGUGGCGCACAUCCUAUCGAACGAGGAACUCGUCACCGGCGACGGGGUCCAAAUCGAUGGCCAUCGGCUGCGCGGUGGACCCAUCUUGACGAACCGCGCCAAACUUCGGAUGGCCUCGCUCAGGGCAAACGUUCUGGAGGAGCCCUUUAGCGACGGCUUCCACGUGUACGGGCUGGUCUGGAAGCCGGACAGUAUUGCGCUGACGGUGGACGGGUUCCAGUACGCGACCAUUAGGGGGAAGUUCAAGGAGUACGGCACGAGCAACAACUUGACGCAAGCGAACCUGUGGAAUGGGGCGAACGUGAUGUCACCGUUUGAUCGGGAGUUUUACAUUUCACUCGGAGUUGGCGUGGGUGGAGUUACGGACUUCCCGGACGGUUCCCGAACGGGCUCGCUGAAGCAACCCAAGCCGUGGAACAAUACCAGCCCCAAGGCGGAGUACAACUUUUACCAGAGCCGAAACGUUUGGUACAGGACAUGGACCGAGCCGGAGCUGAAGGUGGAUUACGUGCGGGUUUAUGCACUGUAAAAUAGUUGUUCUUUUGGCAACAGAAUAAAAAAAUACUCAAACUCUAAA